AUGGCUUUUGGCCCUUUCGUCAGAAUUCUCGCUCGGAUUGGAAUGGUUGCUGGUGGAGCAAUCGGACGGGCAGUACUGGAAGCAUACAAGGAGGCAGCAGCUGGACGAGGAGCUGCCGCGGCCGCAGCACAGAAGAUUGCCAGGAGGCGAAUGUCUUUGGACGAGGCAAAGAAGGUCUUGGAUGCAGAUGGUGUAACAAGCCGUUCACAAAUCGAGGAGCGCUUCCAGACAUUGCACUCCUUGAACGCUCCUUCGGAGGAGUGUCCAGGCUCACCCUACUUGCAAGAUCGAAUAGCCGCAGCGCACAAGGUGGUGCUGGAAAACUUGGAGACGUCCAAUCCCAGUGGACAGAAGGCCAAGCCCCCUGAAGAGUGA